UCGUCACAGAGUUGUUAUGACGACCAGAGUAAAUACAUGACAGCAAAACGGAGACCCGAGUCCGUGUGGACACAACUGUGGGGAGGAGGGGUUGUGUUCCAUUUAACCACUUGGCAAAGGGACUUGGAGCUGCUAUCAAGGCGCCCUCUGGUGGCGAAAAUGACUUGAUCGAAAACAAUGAUCUACACAAGGGGCCUCUCUUGUAAUGAGGUCAACUGUUUUUUUUCUGUGGGGCUUCAUUGUUGUUGCAGACAAGAUCAAUUGUUCUCAAACUGUGGGGCAAGUACCACUGGGGGUAAAUUCUGCUACAGGCCUUUUCAAGAAGAACUGAUUUAUCCAACUAGUUUUUAAAAGUACAUUUAUAAACAGAACAAUUUCCCCAUAUUUGCUCCACAAUUAACAGCUGGACUUGUCCCAAAUAAACUGGGAAAAACUCAUAAGAGCAGUAUGAAGCCCUAGUAAUAAAGCUAUUUAAAGGUGCUCUGUGUAGAUGGAGGGACUGCUACUUGCUUGUCUCCAUGGUGAUGUUAUUUCUUUGCCUGGAAUUACCACAGUAGGGCAUUAAACAUAUCUGCCUUGUUAUUUACUGAAUUGCAGGUGACUGAAUAGUAACCUUUCUCCACUGUAAUUACCAACUUCAAUUUCCAUACUGUUGAAUAAUCAUAGAAAAACAGAAAUAUCUUCAUGGAGAAAAGGAGUAUUGAUGGACCCUCCCCCAGAAAAGUUACACAGUGCCCCUUUUUAAGCUAAAUAAAUGAAUGACAGUUGAAGUUGAAUUACAUUUUAGUUUGGUUUAAUUGUGCUCUGUUUGGGUUUUCAGUUGCAAGUCCUAAUUCCAAUAAUAAUUUACAUUCUUAACUUCUUUCUCUUACCAAAAUAUAAAAACAAAUAAACAUUUGAACUCCUAAUAUUUUAAUAAUGGAUUUCAGUGAUGGCAAUUUUGAAAGGGUAAAUUGGUGCUUAUAAAAGUCAUAAUUUAACAUAAUAGAAUGGAAAACAUAAUAACGUGCUUGGAUAAUUACCCGGGUAAAUUACUGAUAUUGCAUUCUGUUUAUUGUUGACAAAAUAAAUGUAACAUGAUUAGGCUUUAAUAAUAUGACUCAGAGAAGUAAUACUUAACAAUACUUAAACACUUUCCCCUAAGGAUUUCCAGCUCUAUCUAUAGCCGCCUUCUCCUUCCAACAGUGGAAGGACCAAAGUGACAAAAACCCUUUGACGUGAGUAAACUUCUGCUUCGUUUCCAUUGGCCGAAGCUGAUCCCAUUCAUUCAGAUGUUGCCAGGGAGAGACACCCCGGCCCUGAACCCUCACAGCGCCCUAACACUCCUUCUUCUGGUAUUUUCCUAAUUCCCUUAGGAACGUAUGGACCCCGGUCAUCUUUAUUUGGGACAGCAGAUGUGUGACAGCCGGAAGCAUGCAGCUGUGGAUGUGGGCCUGUUGCCGCAGUAACAAGACAAGACAACCUGCUGUCAACUACACCUGAACCUGGCACAGAAGAAUCUACUGGUCACUUAAGUGAGAUGGCGAUGCCCAGGAUGUUCAACUCCAACUUCAUAGCGACAGAAGACUCCGACCUCUCUUUACCGGGGAGGAGGGACAAUCGGGGCUGUGAGGAGGAGAAGGGGUCUCAAGUCCAAGCCAUUUCUCCACAUCUGAAGAGAGUCAUGCUACAGGGCACAGCUAAACAUGUGGAGGGUCCCAGGGCGUUUGAGGAGAAUCCUGAUGUCUCCAUAGUAGCACAGGCAGAGCGUGAAGACUUCCAGGAGUUUAGCCCGACCCCUAAUGCACAACUGCCUUACUUAAGAUCCCAGCUGCUUAGAAAACACAGAUCCGUUGCCAAGGGAGCUGUUCUUCUCAGUGACACAGAUGAAGAGGAUUCGACAGCCCAGCCUCAUCACCUCCAAAGGAAACAGCGCAGAAAAAGCCGUGGCAGAGCCAAUGCAGAGGAUGGCCAGGAGCGCCCAAUCAUCCAGGGCCUGUGGGUGCAAGAAAUCGAUUGGCUCCGGUCUUCCAGCAAAGAGAUGACCUCAUGUGACAUCAUCCCACCCCCUCCUCAGUUCACGGACUCUUACAAUGGAAAACUUUCACCCUUAUGUUCCAGCUGUGAAGACAAAUUAAAAGCUAUAUCCAUAUCAGAGGACCAAUACAGAUUAACAGAUACAAGUUUAGACAGGGGGGACUCGGAUUGGGAUUACGAGCAGGACUCUGAAUCCAAUAAUGAAAGUGACUCAUCUUACUGUGUGGAAGAUUGUAAACAUUGCAAUGCUGGCCUGCAGGGAAUGCCGGACCACACCUCCAAUGUGAACUUUGGCGCAGAUGAUAUGGAUAAAAUGGAUGGAGUUUUGGAGGAGCUCAGAGGGAGGGUGACUCACAUGCCAAAGAUGUUUGCCAUGGUUUACUUUGAAGAUGUGAUGAGGCAAAGUCUCCGAGAGUGGAACUCCAAAAGUGCUGUCAACGAAGGACUUCUAUUUCAUAAUGCAUUGCAGCCAAGGAGCUUCCAGUACAGGGAGGGACGUGAGUAUUGUGUUCUCCAUCACAUCCAGAAUGGGUCCUAUGGUGACGUCUUCUCCAUUCAGGACAAAAGGACUGGAUUUUCAUGUGCAGCCAAGAGGAUCCCUAUCAGUCGUUUUAGCAGUGAGGAGGUUAACACAUGGAGUGCCCAGGACUCCCCUCGCAUUGUAGAGCUGUUUGGGGCAGUGAGGGAGGGGCCACACAUUGUACUGUUCAUGGACUUAAAACCAGCUUGUUUAGGUACACUUUUGAAGGAGAUGAACUCACUGCCUGAAGAUUUGGCCCUGCAUUACCUGCUACAAACACUAGAGGCGCUGGAACACCUUCACAGUAUCAGAGUGCUACACCUGGAUGUCAAAGUUGACAACGUGCUGUUGUCUGCGGACUGCACACACACAUUCCUCUGUGACUUUGGGCUCUCUGAAACAUUAGAUGACAAUGGAUGGAGCACCAAGGCAUUCAGGGGCUCUGCUUUCCCAGGCACUGAGACGCAUAUGGCUCCCGAGGUUGCCCAGGGAGACCAGCUCUGCGCCAAAGCAGAUGUUUGGAGCAGCUGCUGUAUGUUGCUGCACAUGCUCAAUGGGUGUCAGCCCUGGAUCCGCUACUAUUCCCACCCACUGUGCUUACAGAUUGCCAAUGAGCCUCCGCCUCUGUGGGAAGUACCAUCCAACUGCAAUAACUUCACAGCCAAAGUGUUCAGGGCUGGGCUGAAGAAGGAUCCCGAUAAACGAUCAUCUGCAAAGUCUCUUCGCAAGAAAACCACCAAGGCCUUAAGAGCAGUUGGAGGCUUGAGUCCCUGGUCUAUUAAAAUUGCCUGUGAAAAGCUGUACUCUUCCAAGAAGCCAAACAAUGACAAUCCAAGCUCUCUGUUGCCCGAAUGCCCCUGCCCUUCCAGGAAAUCCAGAGCUCCUUUAUCUCCCACAAUGCACUGGGUUAGCCCUUGGAGAGAGGUUGCAGCUGAUGAGGACAGUGAUGGCAGCCACUGGGAGACAACCUCAGAACAAGACUGUGACGUUGAACCAAAAUCCUUAAUUAAUGCAGAUGAAAAUGACUGGGAUACAGGGUCAGAGUCCUCUGAAGUGGAUAUUUACAUGGGAGAGGAGGAAUACACACAGGAGAAAUGGUUAAAAUUUGACAGAGACUAUGAAGGAGAUUGGGAGGAGGAUGGAGAGGUAGAGGAGGAAGAGGAUGAAGAGUUGUCCACAGAAAACUUUCGUGAUCUCAAAGAUGUCUUCCCUGUACUGCAAAAAGGACAGACUCAAGAUGAUUGGUGGGGAUCUGAAGAAGAGCUGGAGUACCUUAGAGAUGGUGUUUCUUUGGGGAACACAGUACAGCCUCCCUCUCCUGAGCCCAGAGAUGACCCUCCAUCUUGCUUUAGCUGCUCGGACUCCUCACAGAUAGAUGCUUCGGACAAUGACUCUGAUCGUUCAUCUGAUGACCUCAGUUCUGGAGUCUUUUCUUCUUGUAACAGCCAGGCAGAUGGGUACCUGCAAUGGACAGCUUCACCUCACCAGCCCUCAUCGUAUUGUUUCGAAGGUGUUGACAUCUGGAUUGAGGAUAUCCAAGGACAGUGUCUGAGGAUUCGUGAACAGCGCCAGGUCAAAGUCGGCCAUGUUGCAAUUGGAAUAAGUAAUCAGAUUUCAGAGGAGGCCUUCACUUUGGUGACACUGGACAGGAAAUUAGUUUCAUUUGAACAAGAGAUCAAAGCAUCAGGUUUAUGGCUGCGCUGUGUCCCUGCCCCCAACAGAUGCCAGCGCUGGAACUGGCGGGUCAAACAUGGAAAACUUGAACUACGGGAAUGAAAAUGUGUACAUAUUGUUCUGUGUUGUUUGCACAGUUGUGUGCAAUAUAAUCUGUUAUACAGGCACCUUAUUAAAAAAAACAAACAAAGAAAAAAAAACCUAACUAAAUGGCCAGUUUCUUAGUAGAAUAUUCCAUUCAUAUUUUUGUAAUAAACUGUUUAAAAUACAAAUCUACAGUUUCCAUCCUUUUUCCUCUGACAAAAUGAAAUGUUUUAAUUCGUGAAAAAGAAAAAGCAGGAAAAACAAACUAAGUAUUCCAUAAAACAGUGUAGUAGCAUAUUGCCCCAUUUUAACACCACUUUAAUAACCAUGUCAUUUCAUUCAACGAAAAGGGCCAAAAGGCACAUGUGACUUAUCACAUGUUCAACUGAAAGACCUUAUGACACAUCAUAUCACAUGAUUAACAACAUAGAUCUAAAUAAGGAUUUUAGGAAUGUCACCGUUUCAUGGCAUGGUAUAUAAUCUGCGGUAUCCACAUAAUUUUGAUGGUACCCAGGCUGAAUAGUCUCAAAUUGUCAUAGUUGUGAAGGCUACUUAUGUUAAAACAAGUUCUAAAAGUUGCAAUUCCAGAUCUGAUCUUAAUAUGACAAGCUCAGGCCCUUCACUCUCAACGUUUUAUGGUCCCCAAUUAAAAUCUUUGGACGCCUGUAGGGUAUUUAUUUUAUUGGCAGUGAGUCUUUGCCCCACAGCACCACCGUUAAGAGCAAUUACUAGUUUAUUCGUCAGGUUUCUCUUUUGUUUGAAUGCUUGAUACUGGCAACUUCACAGUUGU